AUGGUGAAUCGUCUUAAUAGAAUUCAAGUCUAACUCUGAGAAUUUAAAGAAAAAAGUAAAUUCAAAAAAUUUUAAAAUUUGAAAACAAUCUUUUACAAUGACAAGUCGAUCAGAUGUUUCGAAAAUGCUAGUAUCACAUCAUUCCGGUCAUGCGGGCUCUGUAGUGAGUUCAUCUAGUCAUCAAACUCAAGCCACGUCACGCUUGUCCUCACGGCUACAACAUCAAAAGAGCAAAACGUCUAAAAAAAAACCUUUAAAUUCAAUAAGUGUUCAGAAACCAUGUGUUACACAACAGAGUCACACGUACUCUUCACAAGGAAAUCCUUCGACAGAGGCCGAGUCAACAACUUCUCAAGAAAGACACUUAGUGUCUUCCCCGAAACCGUCACCAACUGAAACAUUGACUGUAAGAAAGUCAUAUGGAUUUUUGCAAAUGAAAUGCCUAGAAAUAUUAAAAGCGGCUUCUAACCCGAUGAGCAUACAUGACAUUCAACUCGCUUUGGGAUCCGGUUGUGAUAUUGUCUCAGACCUUGCUUUUUCUAAUCUUUUAAAAGCUAAUCCUAGGAUAUCAAUAAACAGUAUUACGAAACGUUUAACCUUUAAAUCCCCUUACGAAAAUAUCACGGGUCCAGAUUAUAUUUUAAGUCAUUUAAAACAUCGCGGUUUUGAAAUUAAUAGUGAAGCUUUAGAAUUCAAUAAAAAUAUAACAACCUGGGUGAAUCAGAUUUUAUUAGAGCGUCGAUGCCGCGCGGUUCGCGCAACGCGUGUUUCCCGUUGCAAAGUGUUUUCCUCCGAAUCUGGUUUUUUUUGCAGUUUAUACGCACCAGAAGCACGCUGUGAAGCAUGCAAAUCACUACAAGGUGUCAUUCUAUAUCCUCUGGGUCCGGAAUCGGUUGAAAGCCUUGUGAUUGAUGCCGAUUUGAAAGAACUAUGGCAUAAAAUCCCCCACAAGACUCUUGCGGACUUGAAGUCGCUUCGAAGCCAAGAUAAAAGAAAAAGUUUCCUCAACAAUGAACUUGGUAGUAAAAAGCGUAAACCAGUUGGAGGUCGCGCCCCAAGGUAAGCAAAGCAACGUUAACAUAAAGGGUACCAGUCAGUUAUGCAUUAAUAGAGUUCAAAAAAUUGCAAAUCUACAUAUGUACACUCAAGAAGAAAUAAAUCAAGCGUUAACUGAAAAUAUGUCCUGAGGUUUAUUUUAUCUUUAAAACAACACAUGUUUGAAGCAAUUGCUAAAGCAAUUCUUUUAUGACGCGUAAAGGAUUAUCUAUCCACCGAAAUUUAAAAUUUGCAUAUCUUUUAAAUGAAUGGAGUCUACAAAUCAUCUAAUAGUCAUCACUUUUUUCCUUUAGUGUUCGAAUUAACGGGAAAGUUCCCCUUGAACCUUUUUCCACUUUAUAAUGAUGAUAGACAUACAUAAUUUUCAAUUCCAAGCUUAUUAGUAAAUUUUUUUUUGUUUAACAUCAUUUAAAUUAAAAAAAAAGGUUUACAUUUUUAAGGUAGAAUUGCGGACAAACACGUCAUGAAAAUUUUCACAUUACGCAGAAGAGAAAAUUUGUUUUUACAGAAAAAUAUUUAUUUGGUGCUAAAAUAAGAGUCUGUGUAGAAAAAAAGUGUUAUUACUCUUACUUUUCCAUUAUGCGAUCGUAUUUCUUGAUUGAAUCAAUGUUGUUCCUAUAUUUUAAUUAAAAAAGGUUGGGGUUUUAUAAUAAUCAAAAACAUUCACGUUUAAACAUUUUCUUAAUAUCCAAAAUACCCCAAUGGCAUUAAUAUUCGAAAAUUCAGCAAACGCAACGGAAGAAUUGUUAGCUACAUUGACGAGUUGAAUAAAAGUAUCGGGACACUUGCAAUAGUCACAGAGUUGACGUUAAUUCGCACGUUGAUCCAAAAGUAGAAGAUUCCGUCCUAACUGACUCUUCAUCAUUUUCAGAAUGUGUACGGGUAAUCAUGAAAGAAAACGUAGAAGAUUCCAUGAUAUUUCAUUAGAAGCGCGAGCGUAUGAAAGCACACAUUCAUUUUUUGAGUAUACAGAAGAAAAAGAGUGCACUGAAUCUUUCUCUGUGAAUAGUAAAAUUAGCCAAAGUUUAGAGGGCUUGAAGUAUCCUGAAACCCUUGAAUCUUCGUUAUCCUACUUAAGCGCGUUCCUCGUGGAGCAAAAUCCUUUGUCUCAAUUUUUGUUGAAGGAUGUACUAUUUUUUAUAAUUGAGUCUCUGGGAUGCAAUGCGUUAACGGAAGACAGAAAUGUCGGUGUUCGUUUUGCUGGAACUGAAGCUUUAUGUAACAUUUUACUUUGGUCGGAUGAAUCAUGUUUUCAAUCUUUUUCCUUCAACUUUGAAACCGCCGUUCAGCAAAUAGUCUCCGGACUUUUAUGCACUGUAACCUAUUUACAAGAACAGAUAAAAUUAGAUACUGAUGUAGAGUUUAUAUUACGCUCCAUUACAAAAACGUUUCGAUUACUUUCUUUGUUGUGUGAAUAUAAAACGCCACUUCCUUUCAUAUUGAACGCAUGGCAGUCUAUUGAAAAAUCAUUAGACAACUCAAAUAACUCUCUUUCGCUUCAAUCUGUCUCUAUCGCUUUUUCUUCCGGAUUUACGUUGUUGCUGUCGUUGCCUAUAAAGGAGUUAAAUUUUUACUUUGAUACUUUCCAUGCUGCAACAUCGUUUUGCACUAUGUUUUUCUACGGAGUUUCGGGAGCGGCAGAGAAUGCUCAGAAUACGAUUACUUUGAAUGCAAUAAGAAAACCAUUGGAAGUCCUACUAAAAUCGUUUAUUCAAGGCACAUUACAGACUUUCUUAGAUGAAUUAAAAAAAAAAGAUCUGCAUCGAGAAAACGUUGUCUCUAUGAGAUGGUGGUCUGCUUCUAUUUCUAGUUUAUUAUUAUGUUUUUUGGAAGUCUGCAAUUCGGAUGAGCUAGCUAUAUAUCAGGAACGUUUUCCAGCAUUUUUUUGUACUUUACAAGAGGAUCUUUAUCAUGACCCGUAUGAUGCAGUAUGUAAAACGUUAUCCCAAAUUGAAGGCAUUAUGGCAUCCAGUGAUAUCUCUCAAAGUUCUACAUUGAUCAAUACGUUUAAUUUAAAUAAAGGAGAAAGAUUUGAUGAUAAAAAUGAAAUCGCUAAUUCAAGGGCUUGUCACCAGCUCAUCAAAGUAUGUACUAAAGAAAUACAGCUUACUGGUUUUAUUUUUAGUCUUCUAAAAAGACUUUUGCAAUUAGCAGAUCCAUACUACUCAACAGAAAUUUUAGAAGAAGAUGACCUGGAUUCGAACGAUAACUUCGAAUCUCCUAUUAUGCUACCACAAUUUUUUAUUAAUUAUCUUGACACCGAUUUUGCUCGGAGCUUGAUUGACCAAUGCCAUCAAGCAAUCGCUACCGUUUUUCAAUUGCCGAAUUUAUGUACGGCGGUCCAAUCAUCGUUUGAUUCAUGCCGUUUUGAAAAAAUUUUGGAGAAUUAUUUGAUAACGCAACAACAUACAGUUAAAUUUUUUGUUUAUUGUAUACUGGCUGCUAAUACUCCUACUAACUCCGUUAUUUUUUUUAAAAAGAAGGAUUUUCCUUCAGAACCUUUUGCUACUAUUUUUUUUUUUUUCCGCUCACUUGAAGUGUGUUCUAUGGGUUCCGCAGCUCUACAUAGUUGUAUUUUAACUACUUUGCAAAGUAUGACAGAGGCUUGUGUCUUAUAUGUUGAUCGCAAUAUGAUUAGCGACAAUGCGUCAAUCUCACUUGACGAUAUAAAAAAUCUGUUUAACAUUUUGGAAACGUAUGAUUAUCCUUAUCAAUUUUCAAAGCAACAUGUGAAAGAUGAAGACAUUCUAAAAAACUUAUGGUUUGAAUCUCAACUAACUUUAUCGGACUUAAUCUGUGCUUUAGUAAAUCAUUGUAAUAAUGAGGAUAUUUUAAAAAUCACUCUUUAUAACGUAUUACGUAUCAUGGAGAAAACAGUUGACAAGGGUGGUAAUUAUCUUAUGUUAACUUGUAGUUUAGCUGAAAUAUUGUUUGAGUCUUUUCGAGAUGAAAAUUACGAUUUUUUGUUCCCCCAAUUUGAUACACUUCAUUCUUUAAGUGGAAUAUUAAAAAAAUUAAAACAGCAAGUUUCUAAAGUAAAGGUUUGGCCUAGGACUGAAAGUUCCCAUCUUUUAGCUACGAUUGAAAAUUUAAAAGCGUUCAUUGUGUAUAAGCAGCAAUUUCAGUAAUCGAACAAGUGGAACUGCAUGAAAA